AUGGGGUAUGCUGCAGGGGCGGCUGACGACAGCAGCAGCAGCCAGAGCUGCAGCAGCUCAGGAGCUGAAGUUGCUGCAGCAGCAGCAGCGCCUUCUUCUUCAUGCAGCAAAGCAGAAAGCUUGCAGCAGCAAUCCCGCUCAAUAGAGGGUUCCUCGAUACUAACUCGUCGCGCAGCAGCAGCAGCAGCAGCAGCAGCAGCAGCAGCAGCAGCAGCAGGAGAAUCAGGAGAAUCAGGAUCAGCAGCAGGACCUGCUCCCGACACCGACCCAUCACCAUCAUCAUCAGGAGCAGCAGCAGCAGGAGCAGGAGCAGCAGCAGCAGCAGCAGCAGGAGUAUUUGCUUCAAAUGAGUUUCACUGGACAUCUCAAGGCAUAUCGCAUGUACAGCGAAGAAAAAUGAUAUUAGAGAGACACCCUGAAGUAGAGAAGCUGAACGGCUAUGAUAUCCGAGCAGGUGUAUAUGCAGCAGCAGUAACAAUAUUGAAUAUAUGGAUAGCAUAUAAGAUAUCAUGCUGGGACAUAUCGAUGUGGACUCUGAUGCUUCUAACAUAUACAGAUCUUAUUGGAAGGGCCCCAUGCAGCUGCAGCAGCAGCAGCAGCAGCAGCAGCAGCAGCAGCAGCAGCAGGGAGGAGAAGCAAACCAACCCUCUAGUGCAUCAGCAGCAACAGCAGCAACAGCAGCAAAAGCUGCUGGAGCGGAAGCAGCUGCAGCAACAGCAGCAUCAACAGCAAAAGCAGCUGCAGCUGCUUUCGCAAAGGCUGCUGCAGCAGCAGUCGCUGCAGCAGUAG